GGCCUUGUCUUGGAUCUUAUGUAUUUGUGACUGCAAAUUGGAGAAAAGUACCUGGAUACACGGUAAAUGUUGAGUGCUAUCUGGAUUUGAAUGCUUGAGUUUUCGAUAACUUGCUAUCGAUUUUUGCUACCUUGUCGCAAUUCUCUUGUUCAGCAAUUACUCAAUCCUUCCAAACGAUCUGUUCUCAGCACGUGUUUGAUGCCAAGCAGAUUGCUGAAUAAACAAAUACUGUCCGCGCCACAUUGGAAGAUAACGAUUUCGGGUCCUCGGGAAGCUUUACCGAACGAAGGUGUACGUUGUUCUUUGAUAUUUGCAGUCAUAUACCUUCUCCUCAAUAAGUAUCUGUUGGGUUAGAUCCAGGUACGCGGAAUCCUGCGAAAGAAAUAUGAUGUCAAUCACUCGCUGCACUGUACCUCCUUCCUCAUUCUUCAUCCGAAGUUCAUAUCCAACCGGCAGAACCCCGACGCUGUGCCACCACAAUUUACCAAACAGAACAGAAUCAAAGACGGCUCGUCAACGUGCAAUGCAGCGUCGUCAUGUUAAUCCCGGUUCUCCUGAGAGCUUUGGCCUCUUUGGAUAUCUGCGUGAUUCGCUGAUUCAUCUCGGGAGAUGCAGCCUGCCGAAAGUCGAUAUUCGAAGUUCGGUAGUGCAUGUCAGCAGGAUGUGAUACGAAGAAUUGCCAAGAGGUGAAGAUUACUGAGUGAUUCAGGGGUCCUGGGAAUCUUUCUAUCUUCUUCGAUUGCAUUAUCUUCAUAGUUCCUUUUAUGCCUGUUUCCAAGCUGCAGGGCAGGUCAUUUAUCUUUUAACUUUUCGAUCACAGCCUUCUGCGUAACAGUCUUGCUAUAAAGUCGUUUUUUUCCCUUUUUCGCCAGCUAUUGAAAACUUAUUCCAGCCAAGGCUGCAGCGGGUUUUAGAGAAGAGAUGAUUGACCGAGAAACCGUUCUACCUUCCAAGUUUGGAUGAGUCUGAUGGUAUGCUGACAAGCUUUCUGCUUAUCUUUUAUCGAUCCUACAACUUUUCGAUCAUCAAUUCAACAUCUCAACAUUUCUCAGCGCAGGGGUCUGAUAUUGCCAUGAAUUCCAAGGACAGGAAUUGGAAGGUGGGACGAAACUGGCUGCACAGAUGAGGAGAGGUCUCGAAGCUUCCCGUAUUUGGUUCGUCUUGCAGACCGACCUUGAUCGCAGGUCAGGGCUCUUGUAAUCGCAACUUCAAAAUUCAAUCGUAUUGUGGGCAUUACCACUGUUGAGUUCCCCUAUUCUCGAUUUGCUAUGAGCGACUCCUUUCACUCAUGGGUAGGGAGUCAUGUCCUGAUCUGGCUCACGAGAUACGAACCAUGCGUUUGAUUGCGGUUGUACAAUGUCUUCUUCUGGUUUGCGAGCCAGGACAGCCUCGAACAGCCUUCCACUAUCAACUUAGCUCUCAUGUCCUAUCAAGUUUGCCGUAAUCUGAGAGCAUCUAUAAAUCGAGGGUAAAACCACAAUGAAGUUCUGGAAGUCUUGUUAGGCAAGGCGUCAAGACAGCAAUGGCUUUCUCCGUUCUCAGCCUCGUGGCUCUAACUUCAAUUGUCUCGGCAGCCACCGUCUCAGAGAUUCCCAUUCCAACCGCUACUCCAGGAGCAUAUCCUUUCAACAAACAACCUGGCCAGUCUUCAUUUAUCAUUGAACUCAAGAAAGACAGUUCUCUUCGCAAGCGCUCACAUGAUGAGUUCCACAAGCGCGCCACGGACUUGAACAUCGACUAUUCUGUCCAGCGAGAAUUCACCGAUGCCGGAUUAUUCUACGGACUCUCCAUCAAAUUGACUGGGAACAGCACACUCGAUGAAGUCAACAGCACCUUGAGCUCCAUCCCUGAAGUCGUAGCUGUCUACCCGAACCGUCGGGUUGCUAAACCAACUCCCGUCCAAACUCAGGGAAAUCUCACCUGGACGGAGUUCAAGGUCGAUGGCGCUCUCAACCAGACAUGGAUUCCAAUCGAUGCAAAUCCGGAGCUUCCUCACAUAACGGGCACAAUGGAUACUACCAGUGCUUUGAAAAUGGCUGAUGUUGAUAAACUUCAUGCUCUUGGGAUCAAAGGCAAGGGAAUGAAGAUUGCGUUUGUGGAUACAGGUAUUGACUACACUCAUCCGUCACUUGGACGAGGCUUUGGUCCCGGGAAAAAGGUUGCUGGUGGAUUUGGAUUUGUUCAGGAUGAUUGGGACGGACGAAGCGAGCCGAUCUCGAGUCCAACGCCCCUUACCACUUGUUAUUCAGGAGGGCAUGGUACUCACGUUGCUGGAAUUGCCGGAAUGGUCGAUCCUCCUAAUAUUGGGUUUGGGAUGGUCGGGGUCGCACCAGAAGCCUCUCUCUAUAUGUACAGAGUCUUCAGCUGUGUCUACGACUACACUGCCGAUGACAUUAUCAUGGCCGCCAUGAUCCAAGCUGCAAACGAUGGCGUCGAUGUGAUCAGCAUGUCUUUAGGCUCUCUCAAUCCAUUCCAAGGAGCAACUCCCUACACGAGUCUCGUAAACUCCAUCACGAGUCGAGGCAUCGCUGUUGUAGCUGCCAAUGGAAAUGAUGGGCGCAUUGGCACUUAUGGACUGUCUACUCCAGCCAGUGUAGGAACUGCACUUGCCGUGGGCUCAGUCACGAACGAGAAAUUUCCUUCCGCCUAUACAGCAGCAGGCUCAGAUGGCAGUGCUUACGAGUAUUUUUCUGUCUGGCCCCUGAUCCUUCCAUCGGCUCUGACUGUCUACUCUCAUGGUGUUCUAUGCACUCAAUCGGCAUGGGCCAACACAGCCGCAGCGUACAACAAAGAUCCAGACAACAUCAUUGUCAUCGCAGGUGUCACUCGAAGCUGUCCUCUGUCGUCUCAGAUGAGUGGAGCAGCAUACUUCGGCAUCAAAUAUCUCCUCGCUUACAACAUCGAUCAAGAUCCAGUCAGCCAAGACGCUGAGCUUCAAAUUCCUUUCGAGGUAACAACUUUGGUUGUGGAUCCUAGAACUGGUGCGAGUAUCCUUCGGAAGGUCAAGCCUGGAAGUACUUAUAAGAUGAGCUUUACCGACCCGAAAGUCAAAAGCGAGAGGUUGACAACGGGUGGCAUGAUGAGUAACUUCUCUUCAUUUGGUCCAAGUUGGGAUACGGUUGCUUUGAAACCACAACUGAGUGCUCCCGGUGGGAAGAUCCUGUCGACUUGGCCAUUAGGUCCGUACGGUGGCUAUGCAAUUAUCUCGGGAACAUCCAUGGCGACUCCUUUCGUCGCGGCUUGCUACGCGCUUGUACGAUCUCAAAAUCUUGGUCUUUCAGUCGAGCAAGUCAUCAAUCGUAUGCAGGCGACUUCUGAACCGAUGCCUUAUGUCUACGAUCAUUCGUUCCCGUCCACGGUCGCUGAUCAAGGAGCUGGGAUGGUCAAUCCGUACAAAGCUAUCAUGUACAAAACAACCAUCUCGCCAUCACAGCUUGAGCUAAAGGACCUUUAUAUCUACGAGAACGCUCCACAGACCAUCCGGAUUGACAAUGCAUCGCCAAAAGCAAAGACGUAUACCAUCAAACACCAAGGAGCUGGAUAUGCCGAGUUCUAUCCCUAUCCAGACCUUCUCGAAUCAGCUUCAGGAAACGCCUACGGCCAACCUCAAUAUCCCAUCUACGGCUCCGCUUCAUUCGACGUGACCAGCAUCACCAUCCCCGCAGGCGGAUCCUACAACCUCGCCGUGACGUUCGCCCCACCAAAACUCACACCCGCCCAAAUCCAACAAGUCCCCGUCUUCUCCGGCUUCAUCCAAAUCUCCACCAGCGGCGAAGACUUCUCCAUCCCCUACCUCGGCCUCCCCUACGACAAACGCACCACGCCCGCCAUCGACCUCCGCAACAUCACCAUCUCCGCCGGCUCGGAAACCUACCAGUGCGCACAGCCUUGCGUGUUCAACUACCCGGGCCUCUACGACGACGAUGCCACAUGGAAAGUCAAGAUCAACACGCAAUUUGAGACGUUCAACUUGUCUAAAUGGGAGUUUCCCAAUAUCUAUGUUAAUCUUCUGACUGGUGGUGCGGAUUUCGAGGUCCAUGUUUUGCAGGGGAAUACGACUUUUGUGCCGACGCAUUAUGGGUUCGAUCCGAAAGCUGAGAACGGGAAGAAUUAUACGUAUAUGGAUCCGGGGAUUGUGCCGCGUGAUACGUUCAGGGGCGUGCCGAGUUAUGGGUGGGUGCCUGAUAGGUCGCAGUUCAACAAUGCUGGGCCGUCGGAGACGAAGUAUAAUUUCUUGCCGUUCACGACGAGUGUUACGCUUUUGUGGGGUGCGGUAUAUUACCAUGAAUAUGAUGGGGAGCAUUGGGGAGAGUAUUUGCCGCCGGGAGAUUAUCGGAUUCUGAUCUCGAUGUUGAAACCGGGUAUUGCGGAGUGGCAUGAGGAUGGCUGGGAGCAUUGGCUGAGUCCUUUAAUCAGACUUGAGGGUAACUGGGCUAAUACGUGAGGUUGAUUGGGAUGGUGUGCAGUGAGAAUGAUUCAAUUCAACUCUUCAUACUUCUGACGAGACGAGACAUUCUUUUCGAUUUGGACUUAGGUUGAUAGAGGGUUGGAGUCAGCUAGCAGUUACAAAAAUUUAAGUAGAUAGCACGGGAGCCUCAUAUCGAGAUUUCCUCUCAUAAGAUAAUUGCUGGGAC